AUGGUACCAGGUAUUGGAAACCUACAAGUUACCUCUAACGCUAUGGACCAGUCUGCUAUCGUUCGAGAGGAUAUCGUACUAUCCAGUGAAGACCAAGACCUGACAAUUCCAGGUAAGGGAAAGGUGCUUACGACGGUAGUCCCGCUGGAUCGGGAGCCACCACAGAUGUGUGACAUUUCUCUGCUUAUGGUACAAGCCAGAAAGCCAUCUCUCAGUCACCACAUGGCGUUGCCGGUGGAGAUCAUUGCUCGUAUCCUCGAUUUCCUCCCCCAGCACCGGGUGUACCCGUUUCUAUCGCUUUCAAAAAGUGUCAAUCACGUGGCCAAAGAAAGACUAUUCCGCCAGGUGUACGUGUGCCACGCUGACCCGUUUCUAGAUGAUGCCGUGGACGAACUCCUAUACUGGCUGUUCCUCUCCCGUCGCCAAUUCAUCCAUUUGAUGCGUUUACAAGCGAAAUUGCCGGCACGGAAGGUAUUUAUCGACACGGUGUUGCAACCUCCAGUGUUGCAUGAACCGCUUCUCGAAGCGAUCAAACGGCACUUGGCUCCGGCAGAGGUUGUCGUCGUCGUGGAAGGUAACAUCCGUGGAAACUAUCCGUACUUCAAUAUAACGUCGGUGGUGCCAAAGCCUCCAUGGAAGGACCCCUACGUGUCCCGACUUACAUUGAAGGGGAUUGUUACUUUUCCCAUUGCGAAUAAAGUGAGAGUGGACAGUCUCCUGAUGAUUGAUGGCGUCGUAAACAUCGCCGGGGGUGUUGACCUUCUGUCCGUGAAACAGUUGUCGAUUGUGAAAUGCUACGACCACAAACCAGGAAACAUUUAUAAGAUUGCAUCUCGAUUAGUGAACUUGAGAGAACUACUCAUUGAUGACGACAAAUUCUUCGCCGCCGAGGACAACAAUAAUCCAUUCCCCCCUACCGUGAAACGGUUGGUGUACCAUUGGCCUUCCGAUCAGUACACACACCCGUUUGCCGAGCAUUUCCUCGAGCUGCUUGAGUACCUUGAGACCAGUGAAGCUGAGCGCCACCCGUUCUGGCCGCGAAUGUUUCGCUCUGUUGAGGGUGUUGCUGACGGGCACAAGGAUGAGUUAUACAAGUUUCGUAAGCUUAAGCUCUUCGUGAAGUAUGGCGCGGUGUACGCUAUUGAUCGAGUCCUUGGCGAAUACUACUCCCACCAACAGAUUAAUAAGACCGCCUCCCACGACGGUGAUAAUGAUUGA